GCCUCUCCCUGUCAGACACCUCGGGGUUUCAACCGAAGCAGGCGGAGCACCGAGAGCGCCCAGAGGUGGUCCGGGACCCCCACCCGUGCUGCCCCUGGGAGCCCGCGCCUCUCCUCCGCGCCCCGCCCCUCGGGCCGGAACGCCGCGCGGUUCCUUUAACAGCGCGCUGGCAGGGUGUGGGGAGCAGGGCCGCGUCCUCCCGCCCCCUCCCAUCCGAGUUUCAGGUGAAUGGGUCACCAAGGGAAGAGGCCGACACACCACACCUUCACUCCCGCGCCCAUCUCUCCCUCCCCGCUUCCUCCGACGGAGGCUGCAGGAACCCGGAGCGAGGGCCAGAGCGCCGAGGAGCCCGUCCGGGACGUAGCAGAUUGGUUUAUCUUGAGAGCUCAAAGGGUUUUACUCAGCCUGAAGAUCAGCUGACCACUGACAUCAGCCAUGUCAUCGAGGCCUCUUGAAAGUCCACCUCCUUACAGACCUGAUGAAUUCAAGCCGAAUCAUUAUGCACCAAGCAAUGACAUAUAUGGUGGAGAGAUGCAUGUUCGACCAAUGCUGUCUCAGCCGGCAUACUCGUUUUACCCAGAAGAUGAAAUUCUUCACUUCUACAAAUGGACCUCUCCUCCAGGAGUGAUUCGGAUUCUGUCUAUGCUCAUUAUUGUGAUGUGCAUUGCCAUCUUUGCCUGUGUGGCCUCCACGCUUGCCUGGGACAGAGGCUAUGGAACUUCCCUUUUAGGAGGUGGUAUAGGCUACCCUUAUGGAGGAAGUGGCUUUGGUAGCUACGGAAGUGGCUAUGGCUAUGGCUAUGGUUAUGGCUAUGGCUACGGAGGCUAUACAGACCCGAGGGCAGCAAAGGGCUUCCUGUUGGCCAUGGCUGCCUUCUGUUUCAUUGCCGCGUUGGUGAUCUUUGUUACCAGUGUUAUAAGAUCUGAAAUGUCCAGAACGAGAAGAUAUUACUUAAGUGUGAUAAUAGUGAGUGCUAUCUUGGGCAUCAUGGUGUUUAUUGCCACAAUUGUCUACAUAAUGGGAGUCAAUCCAACUGCUCAGUCUUCUGGAUCUCUCUAUGGUUCACAAAUAUAUGCCCUCUGCAACCAAUUUUAUACACCUGCAGUUACUGGACUCUACGUGGAUCAGUAUUUGUAUCACUACUGUGUUGUGGAUCCCCAGGAGGCCAUUGCCAUUGUACUGGGGUUCAUGAUUAUUGUGGCUUUUGCUUUAAUAAUUUUCUUUGCUGUGAAAACUCGAAGAAAGAUGAACAGGUAUGACAAGUCCAAUAUUUUGUGGGACAAGGAACCCGUUUAUGAUGAGCAGCCCCCCAAUGUCGAGGAGUGGGUUAAAAAUGUGUCUGCAGGCACAGAGGACAUGCCUCCACCUCCAUCUGACUACGUGGAAAGAGUUGACAGUCCCAUGGCAUACUCUUCCAAUGGCAAAGUGAACGACAAGCGGUUUUAUCCAGAGUCUUCCUAUAAAUCCACACCGGUUCCUGAAGUGGUUCGGGAGCUUCCAGUGACUUCACCUGUGAAUGACUUCAGGCAGCCUCGUUACAGCAGCAGCGGUAACUUUGAGACACCUUCAGAAAGGACUCCUACAAAGGGAAGAGCAGGAAAGUCAAAGAGAACAGAGCAAGACCACUAUGAAACGGACUACACAACUGGCGGCGAGUCCUGUGAUGAGCUGGAGGAGGACUGGAUCAGGGAAUACCCACCUAUCACUUCAGAUCAACAAAGACAACUGUACAAGAGAAAUUUUGACACUGGCCUACAGGAAUACAAGAGCUUACAAUCAGAACUUGAUGAGAUUAAUAAAGAAUUCUCUCGUUUGGAUAAAGAAUUGGAUGACUAUCGAGAAGAAAGUGAAGAGUAUAUGGCUGCCGCUGAUGAAUACAAUAGACUGAAGCAAGUGAAGGGAUCUGCAGAUUACAAAAGUAAGAAGAAUCAUUGCAAGCAGUUAAAGAGCAAAUUGUCACACAUCAAGAAGAUGGUUGGAGACUAUGAUAGACAGAAAACAUAGAAGGCUGAUGCCGAGUUAUCUGAGAAAUUAAGUAUCUGACAUCUCUGCAAUCUUCUCAGAAGGAAAUGUCUUUGGACCAUAACCCAGGAAGCCAAACCUUUGUGAGCAUCACAGAGUUUUGGUUGCUUUAAUAUCGUCAGUAUUGAAGCAUUUUAUAAAUAGCUUUCAAUAAUCAACUGGCCUGAACACUCCAAUUAAGGAUUUUAUGCUUUAAACAUUGGUUCUUGUAUUAAGAAAGAAAUACUGUUUGAGGUUUUUAAGCCUUAAAGGAAGGUUCUGGUGUGAACUAAACUUUCACAUACCCCAGACAAUGUCUUAAUACCUACAGGUGUUUGUUUGCAUAGGUGAUCUCAUUUAAUCCUUUCAACCACCCUUCAGAUAACUGUUAUUUAUAAUCAUUCUUUUCCACAUAAGGAAACUGGGUUCCUGCAAUGACAUCUCUGAAGUGAAACUGCUUGUUUCCUAGCACACAGUUUUAGUUAAGUCUGUUUUAUGACUCCAUUAAUAAUAAAGUCCCUGGCCUUUCAUGUUUUAGCUACUAUGUAUGUAACAAUCUAACAGCCUGUCUAUUAAUUUUUUUUCUGUUAUGCGAGUGGUUAAAAGAGGUUUUUCUUAUGUUAUCCUGAUAAUAAAGAUCAUGUAUAAGUAACAAAUGUGUGAAAUUUAAAGAUUUUAAAUAUAUAUGUUUUUAAAAUCAAA